GUCUGGGCGCUGGGGUCGCGGCGGCAGAGGCUGCUCCGCGUGCGGACGGGCUGGCUGCCUGACUUGCUGCUUGCCUGAGCGGCCGACGCUGGAAGCCGCGGCGCGGAGAGCCGAGCCAUCGAGCCAUGGCCUCAGGUGGAUAUAAUCCAUACAUAGAAAUAACUGAACAACCAAGACAAAGGGGAAUGCGCUUUAGAUACAAAUGUGAAGGGCGAUCAGCAGGCAGCAUUCCAGGGGAGCACAGCACAGACAAUAACCGAACAUACCCAUCUAUCCAGAUUAUGAACUAUUAUGGAAAAGGAAAAGUGAGAAUUACAUUAGUAACAAAGAAUGACCCAUAUAAACCUCACCCUCAUGAUUUAGUUGGAAAAGACUGCAGAGAUGGCUACUAUGAAGCAGAAUUUGGACAGGAACGCAGACAGUUGUUUUUUCAAAAUUUGGGUAUUCGAUGUGUAAAGAAAAAAGAAGUAAAAGAAGCUAUUAUUUCAAGAAUAAGUGCAGGAAUCAACCCUUUCAAUGUCCCUGAACAGCAGCUGCUCGACAUUGAAGACUGCGACCUAAAUGUGGUGAGGCUGUGUUUUCAAGUUUUCCUUCCUGAUGAACAUGGUAACUUGACAACAGCUCUUCCUCCUGUUGUUUCUAACCCAAUUUAUGACAACCGUGCCCCAAAUACUGCAGAAUUGAGGAUUUGUCGUGUAAAUAAGAACUGUGGAAGUGUCAGGGGAGGAGAUGAAAUAUUUCUACUUUGUGACAAAGUUCAAAAAGAUGAUAUAGAAGUUCGUUUUGUAUUGAAUGACUGGGAGGCGAAAGGCAUCUUUUCACAAGCUGAUGUGCACCGUCAAGUAGCCAUUGUUUUCAAGACUCCUCCAUAUUGCAGAGCUAUACUGGAACCGGUGACAGUAAAAAUGCAGCUGCGGCGACCUUCUGAUCAGGAAGUUAGUGAGUCUAUGGAUUUCAGAUAUCUGCCAGAUGAAAAAGAUGCCUAUGGCAAUAAAUCAAAGAAACAAAAAACAAAUCUACUUUUUCAGAAACUGCUGCAAGAUUGUGCAGUUAAUUUCCCUGAGAGACAAAGAGCAGUCCCCCAAAUGUCAGUUGGAGAAGGACGGUUCAUCAAAAAAGAAUCAAACUUGUUUUCUCAUGGUGCAGUUGUACCAGAAAUGCCCAGGUCUUCAGGGAUCUCCAGUCAAGCAGAACCCUACUAUUCUUCAUCUGUGUCCAUCUCAAGUGCAUUGCCACAUCACCCACCCGCCAUGCCCUCAGUGGUACCUCAGCCUUCAAGCUGGUCAUCAGUGCGCCACCCCACCUCACGCUCACUUAAUACAAAUUCAUUGGGUAGUUUUUCAGCAGGGACACUUUCCUCUAAUUCACAAGGUAUCCCACAGUUCCUGGAAGUUCCUGACGUGAGUGAGUUAAAUGUUUCUAAUGCUUGCAUUUAUAAUACUGAUGACCUAGCUAGAAUGGAAACAUCAUCCAUGUCACCAACUGACUUAUAUAGUAUCUCUGAUGCCAACAUGCUCUCUAAUCACCCAGUGAAUGUGAUGACAACCAGCAGUGAUAGCAUGGGGCAGACUGAUAAUCCAAGACUUGUGAGCAUCAAUCUUGAAAACCCCUCAUGUAAUUCAAGGUUAGACCCAAGAGACCUGAGGCAGCUGCAUCACAUGUCUUCUUCCACCGUGUCAGCAGGCCCGAGUUCCAAUUCUGUUUUUGUUUCACAGUCAGAAGCAUUUGAACGAUCAAACUUCACUUGUGCAGAUAACAGCCUGAUAAAUGAGCCUGGACCACCAACUGAUACUAAUACAAAUAAUCAUAAUUUUAUUCAAAGUAGUCAGUAUUCAAGUAUUGACCCACUGCAAAGUGAGCAAUUGAGUGACUCCUUUGCAUAUGGUUUUUUUUAAGUAUAACUUGCAGGACUUCAGUUAGCUGUAACACUUUGGGUUUAUAGAAUAUAAAAUUGGAACUGUUCGUAAAAAGAAAAUUCAGAAAUAGAAACUUAAAAAGGCUCUACUGUUCCUCCUUUUGAAAGGGGUGUGUGUGUGUGUGUGUGUGUGAUAUAAAUUGUACCUUCAUAGUUCUACCAAAUUUCCCUAGGCCAAACUCUCUUUGUUUCUUUCAUAAUGUAUUAAUGUAUUAGUUAAAUGAACUGAUAUUUGCUUUCAAGCAAAUGUAAGGUAAAACGUAAUGGCUAUGCCAUUGGAAAAAUUAAUUCCUUAUUAUUUUUGAGGCCCAUAGGCCAAAGUGACCCCUAAGGGGUUUUCUGAGGUUUCUUGGUAUCUCUUAGACUCUGUGUGUGUGUGUGUGUGUGUGUGUGUGUGUGUGUGUGUGUGUUGAAAUGAGCUUUCAAGGUAUGCGAGUUUUUUUGUUUUAUAUCAUUUGAACCCAUAUCUUUAAAGUUGCUUAUAAAAUUAGCUCUGUACCCCUAUUUUCAAGAGAAGUUUCCUUGAACCUUUUUUUCGUAGAUGUGCUCACUUCCUCUGAUCUCAUAAAACUGCCUAGUUGACACUGAUAGCAAGAAAUCUAACCAGGUAUGCUGUCCUGUGCCUGCAAGUCCACCUACUUGAGAUUACAAGUUCAGGGUCUGCCUGGGCUACAUAGCAAGUUCAAAUCCAGCUUGGGCAGCUUAUGGAUGCCAUGUCACAAAAUAAAAAUAGAAAAGGGCUAGGUAUGUUGGCUCAGUUGCAGAGCUUGUUUAAAAUUUGCAAGACCAUAGGUUCAAACUGCAGGGAAAGAAGGAGGAGGAGAAGAAAAAAGCAACAGAAAACAAAUUUAAAUUUAAAUUCAGUGUAUCCAAACCUGCAUUUUUAUCCACUCUCUCACAUUUGCUUCCCCUUCAGCCCUUGCCAGCUCAGUAACUGGUCAUGCCAUGCUUCUAGUUGCUCUGUACCCCAAGAAACUUUGGUGUCAUCCUCCCAUUUCCAUCUGACCCAUCCACAAAUCAAGUAAGCCCUUCCUUCCCUCAGUACGUAUCCAGAGUUGACCACAUCUUUUGACUUUUUGUUUGAGACAGAGUCUCAUGCAUCCCAGUGUGGCCUCAGACAUGCUAUGUAGCUAAGGAUGACCUUGAACAUCUGAUCCUCCAGCUUCCACCUCCUGAGUGCAGUAGAUAGCAGACAGGCAUCACCACACCAAGUUUGUAUGGUACUAGGGAUCAAACCCAGGGCUUUAUACAGUCUACCAACUGAGCUAGCCAGCCCCCUCUUUUGACUUCUUUUAGUACCUAUUCCAAGCCACCCUUGUGUCUUCCCUGGAUUGGAACUAUGGCGUCCACAACCUUCCUUACAUCAUUGUGCCUCUAUAAUCAAUUUCCCAUUAAGAGAUUUAGUAAUCAUUUGUAAACAAUUCAAAUAUUAUUCAUUUGCUCAAAACCAUCCAGGAAUCUCUGUUUCACUCAGAGUGAAGGUAAUAGUCCUUAAAAUGAGCAGGCUUAGACUCUCUGUACUUGAUAAUCCCUCUUAUUAAAAUGUUCUUCCCCCAGAUGUUUGUCACUCUGAUAUUUUUCAGGUUUCACAGAACUCAGCUGUAACCUGAUGAGGCCAGCCUGGGCUAAGCAUCAGUAUUCCUAGUCCUCCCUUUUCUGUAGACUUUACCAAGCAGUUCGUUAUUUGUUCCCCUUAUUGAAAUAUA